AUGGUGUUUCUCCGAAGUAAUCUCUCAAGGCGGGAUGCCGUCCUUGUCCUGUUCGGAGCAUGUUUCAUGCACAUCUCGUCCUUCCUCUUCCCAAGUCAACAAGUGACAGGCCAGUCAAUAGCCACGGUGGUCAUCAACAAGCCAGCUUUGGCGGCGUCGGUUGCUCCUCAUGCAAAUGCACAUACGGAGACGCAAACGCCUACUGGAAUCGCAUCAGAACAAAUCGCCGCAGCCUAUCCUUCUUCACCAACGCAUAUACCCCAAUCCGAUGCCCUCCUGCCAACCACCGUACUCGCACAUGCACCAGGAUGGACGCUAUUCCAGAAUCUCUACAUGUCGAACGGGACAUUAUUCCUCAUCAUACACAACUCGUCAUACACCCCUUCGACAAGCGACACAUACGGCACCACGAAGGUCGACGGCUUGUUCCCCGAGAUCAGGAUGAUGACCAGCACGGGGCUCAUGGCGCUCAACACUCCAGAUAACAUUGCGCAGAGGGAACCUACAGAAUGGGAGAUGCGCUUUUUAAGCGUACUUGAGGCGGCGGGGAUGUGGGGUAAAGAGGGCGAGGAAAAGAGAGUUUGGACGGUUGACGGGAAUACGCGAGACGACCCUGGGUUUAAUUCAUAUUUCCUUCAAGCGGCCUUUCCGUCUCUUACAGUAGAACACCAGGAAGACUGGGAUGAUCGAGUGACCAGUGCUAGCAUUGAGUCGCCUUUCACCAGCAAGGCGAGGGCAUGGCACUUCCCCUUGGCACUUUUGGCAGACCGAAGCGCAGCGCAUCGUGGUGUGAUGUGUGGGAGUCGGACGCAGAGGACUGCGGCGGAGGCUUGGGACUAUAUGCGUGUCCGCGGGACGUUGAGAGGGAUUCAGGUUGGUGGGUGGUGGAAUCCUGUGAGGGAGGCGAUCUGGCGAUUUGCGGGUGUGAAGCUUGGGAAUUUGUCUGUUGUGUUGCCUUUGAAUGAGGGGAACGGCAUGGAAGUGGUGAAGGGGUCGCAGAUGGGAGAUCAUGCUCGUUUCGUCGGAGCGGAGGCGGAGAAUGAGAAGAUGUUGCCCAUGCCGGAAAAGAGUGCACAUAAGAGGAGGUUAUUGAAGGAGGAUCAUGAGGCGCUCGUCAAAGAGCUGAAGGCGUUAGUUGCGCGAAAGAAUGCGGAGAGGGAGGCUGGUGGUGGAGAGAAGGAGUUGGUCAAGGGUGGGGGAGUCGAUCGCAAGUGGGCUCCGUUGGCAUCGGCGAGCACGUCUUCCCAACAGCAGCCAGAGUGGAAACUCCAAGUCCUCGAAGCGGAACAUAUGACCAAGGACGAACAAGUCCGCGCUGCUUCUCGGACGACUAUCCUCCUAGGCGUACACGGCAACGGCCUAACCCACCUCGUCUUCAUGCCGCCCACCCGCAUCUCCGCCGUGAUUGAGAUAUUCUGCCCUCCCGGGUUCGCACAUGACUAUCAGUGGACGACGCGGGCAUUGGGGAUGACGUAUUUUGGGGUGUGGAAUGAUACAUAUUUUACGCGGGAGCCAGAGAGGUCCGGUCGUCUGCCCUUUGUAUAUCAUGUUCUUUGGAUGGCGUCACUAUCACUUUUGACGAUCAUGGAAAAAGUCGCGCCAAAUUUGCGCAAUUGUUCCAUUAUUUCCAUUGAAAAGCCUCCGACUCUUCACGACUCCUUCUCAACUAUCGGCAUCGGUAGGCUGUAA